CUCGGCGCCGGACUCGGGCGGGGAGGAAGACGGGGUGGGAGGGAGCGAGCGGGGGAGGGGGGGCGCGCGCGCAAGGGCCCCCCAGCCCGCGAGGCGAGGGGCGGGGCGGCGCGCGGAUCGAUGGGCGAAGCUGGGGCGGAAUUUCAAUCCCAGGAGCGAAGUUAGAGCCGGGAGGACGGCGGCGGCGGCGGCGGCGGGCGCAGCCCCGGAAAGGUCACUCGCUGGCCGGUCUGGGUGGGGGCCCCCUGCAGGCGUUUUCUCCUCCAACACAGAACGACAGCCUCUGGCAUCGAAAGCAGACUCUUCCAGGCAUCAGCGGUGUGACCUUGGGGCAGGGGGAGCUGCCCUGGUGACCAUUUGUCCUGCGCUCCGUCUGGACCCAUGCUCUUCCUCUGUGUCCUGCGAUGAGGAGAAGAUGUCCGUGACGCCCACGGGGAGGGACCCACCAGCCCGUCCCUCUCAGCCGCGUCAGGUCGCCGGGGGGCCCUGACCCAAAGCAGGACCAGCUGAGCUGGAGCUGCAGGGUGGAGCUGUCCGGACGCGCAGGCCGAUGGGGACGGAGGUCACGGCCAUGGCAGGACGCGGGCGGACGACGAGAGGCGGCGGGCAGUGAGGGAGGCGCGUCCCUCCCAGCACUCGCGCCGUGCGACCAUGCGGUUUGGGACAGGACGCCCCUGAGUCUGCAAGCAGCCUCCCCUCCCGCCCCCUGUCCCUUCGGAGGCUGCAGCCCGGCCCCCCACCCAGUCACCUCACCCCACCCCUGGGCAGGCUGAGCGGGGUCUCCCGCGAGGGCGGUCCCAAUGGCCGGGGGCCGGUGGGGUGCGCUGUGGGUGUGCGUGGCGGCCGCCGCCCUGCUGCACGCGGGCGGGCUGGCCCGUGGCGACUGCUGGCUGAUUGAGGGCGACAAGGGUUUCGUGUGGCUGGCCAUCUGCAGCCAGAACCAGCCGCCGUACGAGGCCAUCCCGCAGCAGAUCAACAACACCAUCGUGGAUCUGCGGCUGAACGAGAACCGCAUCCGCAGCGUGCAGUACGCGUCGCUGAGCCGUUUCGGCAACCUCACGUACCUCAACCUCACCAAGAACGAGAUCGGUUACAUCGAGGACGGCGCCUUCUCCGGCCAGUUCAACCUGCAGGUCCUGCAGCUGGGCUACAACCGGCUGCGCAACCUCACGGAGGGCGUGCUGCGCGGCCUGAGCAAGCUGGAGUACCUGUACCUGCAGGCCAACCUCAUCGAGGUGGUGACGCCCAGCGCCUUCUGGGAGUGCCCCAACAUCAUCAACAUCGACCUGUCCAUGAACCGCAUCCAGCGGCUGCACAGCUCCACUUUCGCCGGCCUGGCCAAGCUGUCCGUGUGCGAGCUCUAUAGCAACCCCUUCUACUGCUCCUGCGAGCUCCUGGGCUUCCUGCGCUGGCUGGCGGCCUUCACCAACGCCACGCAGACCUACGACCGAAUGCAGUGCGAGUCGCCGCCCCUCUACUCCGGCUACUCCCUCCUGGGCCAGGGCCGCCACGGCCAGCGCAGCAUCCUCAGCAAGCUGCAGUCCGUGUGCACCGACGGCUCCUACGCGGCCGAGCCCCACCCGCUGCCGGGCCGCUCGCCACCGGGCCGCUCGCCGCCGCCGCCGCCACUGCCCCCCGAGCCCAGCGAGGCCCCCUGCGCCGACGACGAGUGCUUCUCCGGCGACGGCACCACGCCGCUGGUGGCCCUGCCCACGCUGGCCACCCAGGCCGAGGCCCGUCCGCUCAUCAAGGUCAAACAGCUGACGCAGAACUCGGCCACCAUCACGGUCCAGCUGCCCAGCCCGUUCAACCGCAUGUACACGCUGGAGCAUUUCAACAACAGCAGAUCGUCCACCGUGUCCAGGCUCACGAAGGCCCAGGAGGAGAUCCGCCUGACCAACCUCUACGCGCUCACCAACUAUACCUACUGCGUGGUCUCCACCAGCUCGGGGCUGCACCACAACCACACCUGCCUCACCAUCUGCCUGCCCAAGCCGCCCAGCCCGCCGGGCCCCGUGCCCAGCCCCUCCACGGCCACCCACUACAUCAUGACCAUCCUGGGCUGCCUCUUCGGCAUGGUGCUGGUGCUGGGCGCUGUCUAUUACUGCCUGCGUAAGCGGAGACGCCAGGAAGAGAAGCACAAGAAGGCGGCCUCGGCGGCCGCGGCCGGCAGCCUCAAGAAAACCAUCAUCGAGCUCAAGUACGGGCCCGAGAUGGAGGCGCCCGGCCUGGCCCCGCUGUCCCAGGGCCCGCUGCUGGGACCCGAGGCUGUGACCCGCAUCCCGUACCUGCCGGCGGCCGCCAGCGAGGUGGAACAGUACAAGCUGGUGGAGAGCGGCGAGACCCCGAAGGCCAGCAAGGGCAACUACAUGGAGGUGCGCACCGGGGAGCCCACGGAACACCGGGACUGCGAGCUGGGCCGGCCGGGCCCCGACAGCCAGAGCUCGGUGGCCGAGAUCUCCACCAUCGCCAAGGAGGUGGACAAGGUCAACCAGAUCAUCAACAACUGCAUCGAUGCCCUCAAGUCUGAGUCCACCUCCUUCCAGGGCGGCAAGUCCGGGGCCGUGUCCACGGCCGAGCCACAGCUGGUGCUGCUGUCCGAGCCGCUGGCCGGCAAGCACGGCUUCUUGUCGUCCGUGUACAAGGACACCUUCGCCCAUGGUCUGCAGCGGCACCACAGCGUGGAGGCGGCCCCCGGACCCCCACGCUCCACCACCCCGGCCGGCGGCUCCGUGCGCAGCCCGCGCGCCUUCCGUGCCGAGGCCGCCGGGGUGCACAAGGCCGCGGCCGCUGAGGCCAAGUACAUCGAGAAGAGCUCGCCCGCGGCCGAUGCCAUCCUCACUGUGACGCCCGCGGCCGCCGUGCUGCGGGCCGAGGCCGAGAAGGGCCGCCAGUACGGCGAGCACCGGCACUCGUACCCCGGCUCCCACCCCGCCGAGCCGCCCGCGCCCCCCGCGCCCCCGCCCCACGACAGCCUGGGCGGCCGCAAGCCAUCCAUCCUGGAGCCGCUGACCCGGCCGCGGCCUCGCGACCUGGCUUACUCACAGCUGUCCCCACAGUACCACAACCUGAGCUACUCCUCCAGCCCCGAAUACCCCUGCCGGGCCUCCCAGAGCAUCUGGGAACGCUUCAGACUGAGCCGCCGACGCCACAAGGACGACGCGGAGUUCAUGGCGGCCGGCCACGCGCUGCGCAAGAAGGUCCAGUUUGCCAAGGAUGAGGAUCUGCACGACAUCCUGGACUAUUGGAAGGGCGUGUCUGCGCAGCACAAGUCCUGAGCCCCGCUCUCUCCCUUCCGCCCCCGCCCGCCCGCAACUCGUGACGCCCACUGGACCAAAAAGGACACAAAACUCAUUGCAGCUAUUUGUAACCCAGAGACUCUCACGCGAACCUGACACACACGCGUGCACACGCGUGACAGCAGCCGCUGAAGCCGGGCCCCGCGGAGAAGGUGGGGGGGGGGGCCCAGGGUACCCACGGAAGGGAGCGGCGGCCGGGUGCGCACUCCUGUGCCGAGCCGGGCCCCCCGGAGUGAGCGGCCUGUCUGCGCGCACACUGCGCGCACACACUG